AUGUCACGGGCGUGCGUCAUCCACGGCAUCACCAAGUCCAAAAACCUGGGCCUGCAGACAGCAGCUCUGCUUUUUCCUAAACCGCAAAACACCUUGGCCGAGCCAACCUUCCAGCCUCUGACCCGCACCUCCUUUGAUGGUGCCUCGAACGCCAAUGUGAUCAGAACAUGCAAACCCAGAUGGGGCCGCGGGGAAGGUUUCUCGGAAAAGCGGCUCAGAGAUUGCAGCCGAGGCUUCCCCCAGGCUGAAACACGAACGGACGCAGAGGAGGACGCACACGCGUUCCGGGUGCCCACCGCACCCCACGCCCUGCGUCUGCCCACCCCCCAGAGUGGAACGUCUUCAUAUCAACGCGCGGGCACCAACCACUCUCCCUCGGGGCGGGGCGGAGUGCCGGGGGAGCUUACUACUGCCAGCCUCUCCUGGGUGGUGCCUCGGCGUCUGUCUCUGCCACGGGCCGCCCAUCCUGGUGGCCCCAGCGCGUUGAGAGGUGAGGACCGCGGUGAACCGCCUCAGCUCACACCUGCGCAUCCGAGCAGGCUCACGCUGACCCUCGGGGACUGGGCAAGCCCCGGCUCCCUGGUGCCUUGCGGGAUGCUCGUCUCGGAAACCACGUGCUCGUCGUGGGCUUCAGCCACCUUCUUCUACUCCGCUACUCACCGCAUCGCUCUACACCCCUUGGACCUGCGCCGCCAGCCCUGCUCUCACACCCCAGCAAACACAGGACCUGCUUCCACCCUUCCGUCAAGUCAAAGUAUUUAG